AUGAGAGAAUUUGGAUAUGAUCACCCAGGAGAACUCGAGGUCAUAGACGAGAAUGUGAGAUAUACCGAGUUUAUGGUAAUGCAAGCCAUUGAUACACUGGAUCCAAAGACAAUUGAUAAAGUGAGAUUGAUCAGUAAUUUUACUGGUAGACUGGACCUUGCGCCGAGAUGGCAAUUGAAGUUCAGGAAGGUAGCUUCAACAGCUUCACAAGUUGGUGAGGAGGAAGAGGACGAACAGGAUGAGUACGAGGAAAAGCUGGAACGAAGAAGUAUAAAACCCAUACAUGCAUUUCUUCGUGGAGUGACUUUCGGUUAUCCGAUGCUCAUUAGCAGAGAUUGCAGUAGAAACCCUUAG